CUAACCCCAUCUUUUCUGUCUAAUAGCUGCUAUUGGUGAAUAUCAGUUUUAUAUUUUUGUGGGUAGUAGCUUAUUGGUGUAGUUUAACUUUAAAGGAUUAAGGUUUCAAAACCCAGUUGCAUAUUUUCCCUUGAAAUCUCUUAGCUAGUUAGCUUCUAAAUUUUUUUGCAGUUUAGAAUUGUCAGAAAGCUAAACAAGAAGAUGGGUAUUGGGAAUCAGGAGGCAAUCAAUCAGUUGCAGUCCCUAAUGGAAAAUGUAUUUUCUUUUUUGCCUGAAAGCUUUCUCUUUAUAUAUCAGAAUAUGCACCAGGGUUAUCCUGCUGAAACAUUAGUACGGUUUCUCAAAGCAAGGGACUGGAAUGUUGCCAAAGCCCAUAAAAUGCUUGUUGAUUGUUUACAAUGGAGAGUGGAAAAUGAGAUAGACAAAGUUUUAUCGAAGCCAAUCCCUGCGGAUUUGUACAGAGAAGUGCGAGAUUCUCAACUCAUAGGAAUGUCUGGUUACUCAAAGGAGGGUCUACCAGUCAUUGGUAUUGGUGUUGGGCUCAGUACACUUGACAAAGCAUCUGACAAAUACUAUAUACAGUCACACAUCCAAAUGAAUGAAUAUAGAGAUCGCGUGAUGUUGCCAACAGCUACAAAGAAGCAUGGACGAUACAUUGGCACCUGUGUGAAAGUAUUGGAUAUGACUGGUUUAAAAUUUUCAGCACUGAACCAAUUGAGGAUUUUGACUGCUAUAUCUACAAUAGAUGACUUAAACUACCCGGAAAAGACAGACACAUACUAUAUUGUUAAUGUACCAUAUGUAUUUUCAGCAUGUUGGAAGGUUGUAAAGCCUCUUUUGCAAGAAAGAACAAGGCGGAGAGUUCAGGUGCUGAAAGGAUGCGGGAAGGAGGAAUUACUGAAGGUAAUGGACUACGCAUCCCUCCCACACUUUUGCAGAAAAGAAGAUUCCAGGUCAUCGCGACAUCAUGCAGCUGUAAAUACUGAAAAUAGUUUCUCCUUCAAUCAUGUCUUCCAUCAACAACUCUAUAACUACAUCAAGCAGCAAGCUACCAUUAUGGAGUCAAAAUCACCAAUCAGACAAGGGUCCUUCUAUGUAGACAUACCAGAGCCAGACCCAGAUGAUGCUAAAUUAGCCAAGACCAUAGAAACCGAGUUCCACAAAUUGGAAAUUCAGAAUGGUUUUACCAACUCACCAAAUGGUGUUGCAGCUAAUGGGCAUUGAAAACUAGUUACAAUGUUUUCUGGCCUCCUUCAGACUUACUGAGCCACUUUUUUUUACUGAUUAAUUGUCAUCCCUUUUGGAUAAGGAGGGUUAUACUAGUUCUUUCUUACUGUUAUACUCAGUUAUUAGAUGUAAUAUUGGAAUGAUUGCAUCAACUCAUGCAAUUUCAUUCUGACAGAAAUUUUAAUAUAAUAUCUAUAACCACCUUGGGAUGAUGAGCAUAUGAUAUUUUGUUCAAUGUAGAAAAUAUGGCUUCAUGUUACAAUUGUAAAUGUCUCGGUACA